AUGUUACAACUUGUCCCAGUAUAUCGGGCUCUUCCCAGCAUGGACAUGUUUGGCCCAGGACAACUGGUAUCUGCUCUGCUGCCUGCAGUUUUCCAUUCACCUGCAGCUCACUUUUUCCCUGCAUUCCCAACCAGACUGGGCUCUCAACCUCAGAUUCUGAUCCCGGGGCCCUUCAUCAGCUUUGAAUCCUUGAGGAAUUAUCUGCAGCCAGAGCCGUGCAAGGAAGCUUUUCUCCUGGCCACGCAGGCGGUCGGGAUGGGGCCGCUCACAGAGGUCACGGAUGAUCAGAGGCCAGUGAAGCAGCGUCGCGCACGGGCCAACUACAGCAGCUGGCAGCUGGAGGAGCUGGAGAAGGCCUUCGAGACCACCCACUACCCCGACAUCUUCAUGAGGGAAGCCCUGGCCCUCAGACUGGACCUCAUCGAGGCCAGAGUCCAGGUGUGGUUUCAAAAUCGCCGCGCCAAGAUGAGGCGGCAGCUGAAACUCCAGGGCCACGUCGGAGGGCCUCACGUAAAAAGGGACGACGAUGAAACGUCUGAGAAAGCGAGGAGGGGUUUGAAACGGCAGACGGAAGGUUCUACCGGCGAGCAGCGAGACGGUCGACAGGAAGGAGAAAACUAUCCGUGGACAAAAACUGUGAGUGCUGCGCUGAGCGUGCGCGUGCAGCCCGUGACCCAGAGGUCGGGGAAGUGGGAGAGGCCGGAGGGGCCGAGCUCAGACGAGCUCCGAACCUGCAGCAUCGCAAAGCUGAGGGCCAAAGCCAGAGAGCACGAGGCCGAGCUCCACGGCGCCGUAAACAUGUCGCAAACGCAGGAAGACGACGCCGCGCACGACGAUUGA